AUGUCUCUAGAGAACAGGAUGAGCUCCAGUGAAAAGCAGGUGGUGGAGCUCCAUACAGGGAACUCAGCCGGUCCUCAGGUGGCGUUCUCAGCCGGUCUCAGUGAUGCAGGAGUAGUCGGACCCUUCGGCACUAACAGUAUACUGAAGUACACUAAAGUCUUCACCAAUAUCGGCCAGGCCUACAGCGCAACUACAGGUAUCUUCAAAGCCCCUGUCAAAGGAGUCUACUACUUCAGCUUCAACAUGUGGGGAAGCCGCUUUGUAUCAGAUACCGCUCUUGAAUUCGCUCUCAACAACGUGAUGAAGAUGAGGCUUCAAGAUUACAAUGAUGCCUAUGGCUUUGUCUCUGCGUCUAACUCAAUUGUUCUUCAGCUGGAGAAGGGAGAUGUUGCCAACAUCGUUCUGCCCUCCAGCUACAACGUUUAUGAUGAGUUGUUUAAUCGCAUGAUUUUCAGUGGAUUUCUACUCUUUCCUCUGUGA